ACUAAAAAAAAAAAAAAAUUCAAGUACGGUUUUAAACUUUGGAAGCGUCACUCUCUUCCUGAGCCCAAGGAUAACUGUAGGCAGAUUCUAAGCUGCUGUGGGAGGACAGAGCUGUAGGUAUGCCUUGAAGGAGGAGCUAAGAGAGUGUUUUGGAACACCGCGUUUCAGAACUUCAUAUCUUAUAGCUCGGGUAUGGUUUCCCCUUAUGGAGCAUGCGGCCUUUGCACCACGGGUGUUCUAAGUUCCCUUCUCAGUAAAGAGAUUCCAUGAUUCUGGAACAUCCUGAAUCCUUCCCAAGUUCUAGGCAUCAAGUCAGAUGACACAGGUAAGAUAAGGAUCUCAUCUCAGGACUUGUCUGUAGGUAUCAAGCUUGGGAAUGGAUUGCAAGCUCAGGCUGAGCUCCUCGUUAACUUGUAUCUUCGUGAACGGCCUUCACAGGGCCCCAACCUUAGCAUGAGUUCUGAUGCCUUUCCUCUGCCCCAGGCACAGUAUUAGAGGUGAAAGCACAUGGGACUUCCUUUGAAAUAUAAACCAUAUCUCAUUCCUUGUAAGAACUACAAUAGGCUCUCACAAAUGUCAAGAAGGCAGGUGUAAAUACUGCACUCCUGGCAAGGGGGAAACAUAGCUUGAUGGCCAAGGAGACAUUUUUAAGGGGCCUAAUCCUUUCUUUCCUCCAUGAAUAAUCAGCUCAUUUCAAUGUUUACCAGCACAACAAUACUGUGCUCAGAAAUUUCCAGAUUCCCCGAGAAACAGACAAUUAAAGGAACGUAACUCAGUUUUGUGCAGGAGAGUGGGAGCUGAAUAAAUUAUUCAGACCAGCAGAUGAAAUACCAAUAACACCAUCCCCUUAUAGAAUACGUGGUUCAAUAGACAGACAUGCUUUUCAGCGUCUUUUCUGAAUUGCAUCCUACCAGAGGAAAAGAGCGAGAUUCUGUUUGAUCUACUCAAGGUUCAGCCUCUUCAUUCAAAAACUUGGCCUUCAUCAUACAUAUUUUCUAAUUUUAAGAUAUAAGAAUCACCACAAACAAAUCUUGUGCAGAUAUCACAAAUACUUAUUUAACAAAUUUGACUUCUCUAUCUUUUGCCUGCCUCUCAAGUGCACCAAGGAGCAAUUUUUACGUUAAGUUUUCUAGUUACCAAGACUUCUUCGCUAAAAGCCCCCCAUUAUGUUUCUUUCUAUACCUGAAGCCUUUAUUUUCUGCUGCUUAGCAGUGAAUGCUCUUUUUUAUUUUUUUUUAAAUCCCUACCACUGCAGUUUCUUUUAGCAACUUGUGUGAAAGUCUGACCUCUGGUGGUUUUAAUUGUAAACAGCAUGUAUGAGAGAAAAAUGAAGAAACAACGUAAAGGCUUUUCAGUCACUAAGGGGUAUUUGGGAGGCUCGGCUAAGUAGACUUUGAAUACACUGUCCUGUUUAAUUUUCACAACGUCCAUAUCUAUUAUCAAUAUCCUAAGCAAAUGAAUGAGGAAAUGUUCUCUAGAGAAGCCAAGUGGAGCUCCCAAGUUCACUCAGAGCUAUAGUUACUCUUGAAUUUAUCCUCUUGUCCAGGCCUAGUCAUUCCAUGGCAUACUUUAGUUUGUAGUUGUCAUGUAUUACACUUAAAAAUAUUAGCCACUGACUACCUUCUAAUGAUUAUAGCUGCUUGUUCGUUUAUCAAAGGACACUGACCUCAGAUCACCUCAGUUCAUCAGUGGACACUAAGGAGAUAAUGGUGAAAGAGGUGACACAGGAGAAGAAGGCAAGGAUGGCAAAGUGGGACGCCAAGGACCAAAAGGAGUUAAAGGAGAGCUGGGUGAUAUGGGAGCCCAGGGCGAUAUUGGCAAGUCUGGUCCUAUUGGCAAGAAGGGUGACAAAGGAGAGAAAGGUCUGCUUGGGGUACCUGGAGAAAAAGGCAAGGCAGGUACCAUCUGCGACUGUGGCAGAUACCGGAAAGUGGUUGGACAACUGGAUAUUAGUGUUGCUCGUCUUAAGACAUCAAUGAAAUUCAUCAAGAAUGUCAUAGCAGGGAUCCGGGAAACUGAAGAGAAAUUCUACUACAUUGUGCAGGAGGAAAAGAACUACAGGGAAUCUCUGACCCACUGCAGGAUCCGGGGAGGGAUGCUGGCCAUGCCUAAGGAUGAAGUUGUUAACACUCUUAUUGCUGACUAUGUCGCCAAGAGUGGCUUCUUCAGAGUGUUCAUUGGCGUGAAUGACCUUGAGAAGGAGGGGCAAUAUGUGUUCACAGACAACACUCCAUUGCAGAACUACAGCAACUGGAAGGAGGGGGAGCCUAGUGACCCCUAUGGCCAUGAGGACUGUGUGGAGAUGCUGAGCUCUGGCAGGUGGAACGACACAGAGUGUCAUCUUACCAUGUAUUUUGUCUGUGAGUUUGUCAAGAAGAAAAAUUAAUUUCCUUCAUGUUACACAGGCACUUUCUCCCAGGGUCUCCUAGCAGUUACUUUUAUUCAUUGUUGCCUUUCUAACUUCAUUGUACUUGCUAAAAUGACAGAAGGGCUCUGCCUCCACUAUCUUCUUCUGUGUUAAUUGUGAAGUUUUUGGACAUGAUGUUUACUUGGGACGUUCUUGGCCAUCUUUCUCUUGUAUCUGUAUUUAACCCACUGGUAUAAUGGAAGGAAGGCACUACAACUCAAAAGGGGAAGGGAGAGGGUAGUUCUGAAACAAUACAAGUUAUAAUCCUUCUAUUACAUUUUUCCUUGCUAUUAAUGACUCCAUUUUAUUUCAUGAAUGUAUUCAUGCAGACAUUCUUCACCUUCAGCAUAAAUAUUCAAGAGGGAAGGGUUCAAGCCUUCAGAAAACUCUGAAAGUGCUAACGUGCUACCCUCUCCAGGGCCCCUCCCCCUUCCAUCACAUAGGUUACUCAUGGAGAAAUUUCAUGGGAGGCCUUUCACUCCCUGUAAAUUGAUGUUGCUGGAGACGCCCUUUGUAUUAUUUUGACAUCACAGAGAUAUGUCCAGCACAGCAUUUGAAAUGUGUUUUGAAUCCUCAUUUACCGAAUUGGCAACCUUGAGCUGCAGAUCAAACCUCAAAGCAACUUUAAUUUGGCAUGUGAAAAUAAACAGUUGAAAAAACCUCUUGCUCCUCUUCUAUAAAUGGAUACCCUACUUAUGGGUUAUGACACAUGAUUAGAUUGUUUAAAAUGCUAGCAAAACAGUUAAUGAAACAAGGGAAAUAGAUCAACAACAUAUGCUCUCCUUAAACCAUCUGUUCAUUACUUUGCCCAUGACUAACUGGUAGUGAGAUGAGGUUCUUGGCAUUGUCUAUGUGAAUUCACCAAGAGCUACAAAUCCACAUCCUACAGAGUCCAGAAAGAUGACAUAAAUAGAUGAUCUGGGAGGGGUGAGGCCCCUGAUCCCUGAUCCACUAGUCACAGCCUGCUCUUUAAAGGAGCCAAGUGCUUCUUAGCCACUGCGUCACUGCCACCAAUGACCCAGAAUCACUGCAAGUCAGUAUCCUGACAUCUGAACUGAAGUCAAAUAGCUGGAACUUUAUAACUCCAUAUUUCUAAGUGAUGACAAUUAAUCAAUAUUUAACCCAGAAUGUAAGACCUACAAUUGUCUGUUAACCAAAUUAUGAACUUUCCAUUUUCAUCUCUGGGGAAAGUUCUGAAAGUUCUAAUUGUGCCAGGUGUCAUUAGGAAAUGAUUACUUCAACAUCAGGUCUCCCAUGAAUGCCUUAUUCAGUUCAGCUUAAUAGGAGAAAUUUAGUAAAUCUUUGACAUUUAUCAGGUUAUUAAAGUAGUUACAGAGUCUCUUUUGAGAAUGUGGCAUAGGAUAUUUUGAAGGCCAAUCAGUUUAAUAUAAUUACAAAUCAGGGCAUCACGCCAAAUGCCAGCCAAGAUCUCAGAGAACUGGAACAUUCAGAAACACAUGGAGGAAAGGAAAGGGCUGAAAGAAGAGGGUGGCAGCCAAGAGCAAAUACAGACCAGGGCGGCUCCUGUUGGACUUAUGUUUGCAAUUGCUCUAAGUCCCUGAAGUCUGAAUAUUGUAAACAUAUGGCAAAUGCUAUCAUUUCUAUUAUAAAUUUAUAAUGCUAACAAUCAUCCUCUUAGUAACUCAACUCAGUUUGGAGGAUACUCCUUAGAGUAGAUGACAGUUUCAAGGAAUAGGAUCCAUCCAUUCUGGCCUGAAAGAACCUCUUUAAGACAGUACUUAUUUAAUCAGAACUCCAUGAAAAUGGUUUUUCUAUUUGUCUUUCAAGUGUGAAUGUCAGUAUAUAACCCAGGAUGUCCUUGAACUUUCAAUCUUCCUGUGUUAGCCUCUUAGAUGCUAGGUGACAGGUAUGCACCACCAUGCCCAGCUGAAAAUAUACAUGUUCUGUGUUUUAGGAAAGCCUCUGCACCUCCUUCCUCAAGGCAGGAAUUUUUACUGCUAUGUUUUUCAGUGAAAACACUGCAGCUCUGGGAAGCAAAGACAUUAACAAGAAUGGUGCAUUUGAAAGAAAAGCAAGUUUCUAUCCUGGUCCAACCUGAAUGUUCCAUGUAUUACAUGCUUAAAAGGUAGUGAGAUCUGUGUGUGUCAGGGGUGGUGUGGAGAAAUGAAGUGAGCAGCCUCACUUGAGAUACUGUCUACAGAGACUGAGAUUUGUGUUAUCACUAAUGAGAAGGUUGGUAGUGUGGGUUCUUUUAGGGUGAUACACCCGUGUCAGUAUUGCACAAAAGUUCAAACUCUAGAUCUGACCAUCAGAGCUGUCUAAGUGUCAUUGCUGAUUGUGACUCUUCCUAGCCAUUUUAUUGGGGAUAAUUUAAGUGCCCUUUUCCUUGUCUUUAUCAUUUUCAUAGAGAACCGUGACAACAAAGGAGGAGUCAUGGUGAGGUAUUUGGAGGAGUAUCAACUAGACAUAAUAUAUGGGUGCCACAAGACUUAGACAUUACUACUAAGUACCUGUGGUGUUAAGGGGUAAAUGGGAGAAAACAAUGAAUAUUUUGAGAUAUAUAAAAUAUUUUGAUAUAUAUUUACUUAAGUAAAUGUAAAUGUAUAUCAGUAUAUUAUGAAUAGAAAAUCUAUAUUUAGUUACAUAAAGUAUGAGUUUUAAAUCAUAAAAGUAAAAUUACUGGCACCUGGACAGAUAGUUGAAUGGACAAGAGCCCAUGGGGACACCAGUUAAGUUCCCAGAAUCCACAUUAUGGUUAACACUUGUCUGUAAUUCCAACUUUAAGGGAUCUGACACCUGAAGGGGAAGUUUCUGGUUUCUUUAAAAAACACAGUUGUGUCACGUGAUUUUUUUUUUCUGGGUGUUGUCUUGUGAGAGAGCACGUGAUGUUUUGCUGAAAACAGACACUUGAGAGGGCAUGUGAUGUUUUCAAAGAAUAUUAAUGAAUCCCCACAAACAGUGAAAGGUGGCUUUUGCAUUGUGAUACUAUACCAUGCUUUGCUGGUCUUUAUUGGCCAUGCUAGUCUUGAGUGGUCUUCCCUUGUCUUAAGUUUGUACAGCGAAACAAGCCAAAGAAUUUAUAAUGGUAUUCCAGAUGAUUCUGGCCAUUUAUUCUGACUUGUGGCAAUUCAGCACAGCCCUGUACUUUCUGCUGGAUCUUGCUACCACUCAUAAUUUGUAUCUGAUGUAUGUUGUUAGACUGGACUGCUGGUAUCCUGACAAAGAAAAGUGGAGUUACCCUAAAAAACUACUUCUAAACAGGUCCACAACUCCCCUUUUUCUCCCCUACCUCUGGUUCAGAGGACAAGAAAGAAGGUUAGGAUUUGAAAAGAAUCUAAGCCUACAGACACUAUUAUCUGGACUCCAUGAGCACCUACCCUCAUAUGUGCACAGUCUCACACACAGAUUCACAUAUAUGCAUAUAACAGUAAAAGUAAAAUCAAACCUUUUACAAAAUAAAACUAUUAGUCGUGCUACCUUUAGAUUAUCAGGCCUUCAUAUUACAGCUGAAUCCUUUCAUGUAUGAGGGAAAAUAUCUCUUCACAUCAUUUCAAUUAGGAUUGAAGAACUAUUUUCUAUUGAUCAUAUAUAUAUAAACCUUUAUAUAGUAUAGGGAUGUGUUUCACUGUAAUUCUAAGAGAUUCUCAUUCAGACUGUUUUUGUAUGCUUUUGGUAAUUUAAUAAGCCUUUGUGACAAAUUAAAAUGCAUUUCAUGUAA